AAAAUUUUAUAUCAUAAUUGUUUUAUUCUUAAUUGUCAAUUUCUUUAAAUUUCAAUGCUUAAAAUUUACUUCAUACAUCACUGAACGUACUAUACGGACGCUCUUAUUUGAAAUAAGAAAACGAUGUAAAAGGCGAAUGCAUUGCAAAUACAGAUAGCUUCGAAGAAAUUUAAUGUGCCUUAAAUAUUUAUUGUAAAUUGAGUGUCAGAAAAUCCGUACAGGAGAACAAAAGCAAAACUGACAAGUGACGCUGUCGAAAUUAACAAGCAAAACAAACGCAAAUAAUCAAAAUUAAUUGCGCUCGGCAUUUCAUAUAAAUAUUUAUAAUUCGUUUUGUGUUGGCAAUCAUUGAUGUAGUGUUAAAAUAGUUGCUUUAAGUUUAUAGCAAUUGCCAGCAAUAUAAAAAUCAUAUUAAUAUCACGAAAUAUUUAUUUGUUUAGCAAAACCAUGUUACCUACAAGUGUUCGGAAAUCGAUUCGAUUCUCUGAUGCCAGGCUUUAUACUGAAAACGUAACAGAACUUCCACCAAAUGAUGAUGAAGAAGAGCGACGUUUGGCACGUCGCCGUACUUUAUUAAGGCAAAUUUUGAUGGAUGAAAACCAAAAUCUAGAAAAAUGUUUGGAAAUUUAUAAAGACAAUAAAAUAAGUCGUGAUAAUGCAUGGUCCUUAUCAGUUAUUGAUACAUUGACUGUUUUGCUUGAGCGUCAUCAAAACUUUUUGAACAACUUUAGGGUUGCUUGUCCUUCGCUAGAAGCUUCAUCAAGGGUAUAUGGUUUACGCGUAGACUCUAUAUACGGAGACGUUAUGCGUAUUUCCGCAGGUUUAGCUGCAAAAAAAUUUAGCAGCAAGAAUGCAGAAGUUGAUGGUAUCGACGAUGUUGAUGAUUCCAAUGACCGAACUGAUAUAGCUAAUAAAUCGGUCGCUGAGGCGCAACCGGACACAAAUGCUAAUCCACCUAAACCAAAAAAGCGUGCACGGCGACAAAUAAGCACAAUUACGAAAAAUAAAGACACUUUAAAUGGUUUAUUAGAAACUGUUCCAAUGGAUGAUGUCAUCUUUGGCAAACUUAAUAGAGUUGGUGGCUCAAUAAAUUCAUCCAAACGUUUAAUGAAUAAUGUGUUACCGACAAACGAUUAUGAUUUAAAGUUGUGUACAAAGUUUAGUUAUUGGACGGGGAUUGAGAAUGAUAACACCGAUUAUACAUCAGAAAUUGAAGGUAAUUAUGCCCAAGAUGAUGUCCCUGCAAAUGUAUUUGGCGAAAUUGAAAAAGAAGAAACUGAUCUUAAAAAUAGUGAUGUGGAUAAAUUUGACGAAAUCAGGGAAGAAGGUGGUGAAAAUGAAGGAGAGAUCUUGCACAAAUGCUCUAAAAACUUAUUUAUUAGAUCACUACAUACUGGUUAUAUUAUUUCAAAAAAGAAUAAAAUAAAGUACGACGACGAAAAAGAAAAUACUUCUCCACUUAAUGUGAAUGAUCCCGAUGACACUCCACGAGUUUUAACACCAUCUGAAUUAGCUGUGCAAUUUGACAUGGAUGCUGAAUGUCAGCCAGUAUGUCUUGAUCCGGAAGCACCUAUGUUAGAUGUUGAUUUCUGUGAAUAUGAUGACUUAACAUCAGAGGAAGUAACUGCAAUAAAUAGAUGCCGAGGUUUACGCCAUUCAGCACAGAUUAUGGAGGAUUUACGUCCUACUGAUUCUUCAUCACAGUUGGAAUAUUCGUAUCGUCCUCUAAAUAAAAUCUCUAGAUUUUGGGCUGGUCCGUCCCAUUGGAAAUUUAAAGGACUUCGCCCAAGUCAGUCUACUUUACUAUUUUCAAGUAAUACUCAAAAUGGUCGACUAAUAAAUCAACGGGCACAACGUGCACAAGUGGUUAAGACACGUUCAAAACCUCUUAUAUUUGGAGUAGACGGCGACGAGAGUUUGUAUCUGCCUUAUGACAAGGCCACAAAUAAACAACGCCGUGCUAAUAUACACAAAAAAUGGGACCAACGCAAAUUAAAACUACCUACAGAUUUACUUGUUAAUAAAAAUACAUUUAUGCGAGGCUGGCUCGUACCUAGAGGUUAUGACAUACAAAAUUCAAAUCUUCGUAAAACGGUGGCUAAUAAAUCGGCUGGUACUAUUGCGAAUUCCGUUGUUCAGCCUGGUGAUGAUGAACAUUGUGCGGAUAACGAUGUAUUCAUAGAUCAUCUUGACAUGUUAUCAGAUACUGAACAUUUACAGAGAGAUGAUGUAGGUGUCGAUUCUGAAUCGCAGGAGUGCAACGAUACGGUGUUGGAGAUUGCUACAGAAUUUGAUGGAGCACCUUCUCAAGUGACCAAAAUUGUUGUUCCAUUUGCCAAACGUGCCCGUCAUAUUGAUAUGAAGAACUUAAAAACAAGCUGCAAAUCUUUACUGGAUUUACAAUUAAAAGUUAGCGCAAAAGAAAAAGCAGAUAACAAAAAAAGUAGUGACCAAGAGGAAAAUAAUGAACUAAAUUAUUUAACCGGUCCUGCAGGUGAGAAGUAUGAAGCAGGCCAAGCUUCUUUUGAAAAAAUGUAUUCAGCGUUGCCUGAAGUACUAUCAAAACCAAAUGCAGCAUCCUUAACACCUAUCAUAUCAUUUUACUCCCUACUACAUCUAGCCAAUGAGAACAAUUUACGAUUGUCUGAAGUAAACGAUUCUCAGGGUGUGAUUAUCAGAAAAAUACAAACGAAAAAAUAAAUGGAAGAUAAUCCUCCAUCAAAUUGUUAAGUUCAAAUGUUUGUAGUAAGUUAGCUUGAAUUAUAGUUUUUACAAAUCACCCUCACAAAUUAAAAAAAGUAAUUAAGU